AUUGAAGCUGUCCCUGUAUCUAAACGGACUCAGACGGACAACACCGACUUUAACACGACCUGGUGCCCCCCGAUCAAAGACUGAACACAAACCAGACACAGACUGAAAACCAUGACGGCCAUCAACGCACCUCAGGAUAGAUUCCACGCAGUAUGGAUUAUUUUCUUCAUCCUGGGCUUGGGAACACUUUUACCGUGGAAUUUCUUCAUGACAGCAACAAUGUACUUCACAAGCCGACUGAAAGAUCCGAUGGCCAAAAACAACAGCAAUGUGACUACGGAACGCAGCGUGCUGGAGUCAAAGUUCAACAACGUCAUGACGCUGUGCGCCAUGGUGCCUCUGCUCAUUUUCACCUGCCUCAACUCCUUCAUACACCAAAGAAUCCCUCAGAAGCUGCGCAUCUCAGGCAGCCUGGCUGUCAUCUUCCUUGUUUUCAUGGUGACGGCCAUCAUGGCCAAAGUGGACGUAGAGCCUGUUCCCUUCUUCACCCUCACCAUGAUUAAGAUUAUCUGCAUCAACUCGUUCGGCGCCGUUCUCCAGGGCAGUCUGUUUGGACUCGCAGGGAUUCUGCCCGCCUCCUACACCACUCCCAUCAUGAGCGGUCAGGGUCUGGCCGGCACCUUCGCUGCCUUCUCCAUGAUCUGCGCCCUGGCCAGUGGGUCAAAGCUGCAGGACAGCGCUUUUGGUUACUUCAUCACGGCGUGUGUCGUUAUUCUUCUGGCCAUAACGUCCUACUUUAUGCUGCCCAAGAUGGAGUUCUUCCAGUACUACAUGGAGAGUAACAGACCGGCACCGUCUGCUGACGAGGAAAACAAGAUGGACUUGCUGAAGAAAGAAAAUCAGGACGAGAAGCGGCCGGGGACGGAUCUGAUGGAGGAGGAAUCCAGCGGCGGCACGUCUGUCUUCAACAUCUUCAAACAGAUCUGGGUGAUGGCUCUGUCUGUGUGCUUCAUCUUCACCGUCACCAUAGGAAUUUUCCCGGCGGUGACCGCCGACGUCGUUUCGACGGUGGCGAACAAAACCUGGGGCACGUACUUCAUCCCCGUGUCAUGUUUCCUCCUCUUCAACGUGAUGGACUGGGCCGGCAGGAGCCUGACGGCCGUCUGCAUGUGGCCGGGUAAGGACAGCAUCUGGCUUCCUGUCCUGUGUGGCGUCAGAGUCGUCUUCAUCCCGCUCUUCAUGCUCUGCAACGUCCAUCCUCGGAAAUACCUCCCCUGGUGGUUCAAACACGACGCCUAUUACAUCGUCUUCAUGAUCCUCUUCUCCUUCUCCAACGGAUACCUGGCCAGCCUCUGCAUGUGCUUCGGACCCAAGAAGGUACCGCAGCAUCAGGCAGAGACGGCAGGCGCCAUCAUGGCCUUCUUCCUGUCCCUCGGCUUGGCGCUGGGCGCUGCGGUCUCCUUUGCUAUCCGGGCCGUGAUCUAAACCCUGAGUUUGUGUUGUACAUAAGACCGCUUCACCCUCAUCACCUCCACCCGACAUCGGCCUGUCUGGGGCGGAGGAGCAGAAACCAGGGAGGACUAAAAAAAAAAAAACCCCAUCGGCCCUUCAUGUGUUGAGCAGGAACUCGUCCUGCUAAAAGCUAAAAUGUGUUAAUUUAAUGUUUUUAUUUUUUUACUCCAGAUUCAGGAAAUGUGUUUACUUUAAACCAAAUGUGUUACAAAAGCUCUAGAUGCUACAGUCGAGUAUUUAAGCAAUAAUGCUUUUAUAAAACUUUAUUGUCCUUCUUGAUCAGUUUUAUCAGUUUUCAGAAAUGACAAACCUCGUUAUAGAUGCGUUCAGAUGACAUCCGACAUCCUCAACGCGCCAGUAUUUAUAACCAGCAGGUACGAUUUAUAAGCUGUGAUCAUGAAUACGAUGUUAGUUACAACAGAUGUAAAAAUGCCACUCGGUGCUGGACUGCAAGCUCCUGUGAAGAAACCAAAUACACAGACGAGACGGGAAAACAAUGAACUGAAGGGACGCUCCCUUAACAAACCACAAUAACAGAAACGGUGUAAAGAUUAAUUAUGUCCUGAAGAUUGUUUUUCUCUGACAGCAGUGAUCUGGAUUCAUUACUAGUUUUAGAUCAGAUGGCAUUUUGACUUGAAUGGAAAGUAUUGUCUGUUCAGAUUUUAAUCCCACAUUUCGUGUUAUUUUUUGUUUUUUGUUACACCAAGCAUGUGGUUUUGAAAAUAUGAAUGACUGCAGCUUACGUUAAUUUGAAAAGUGAUUAAAUCAGGAAGAGUGCCAUUUUUUAUGCUUCUUUUAAAAUUAGGUUUUUAUACAAUAGUUUAUAACGUCUUCCAAGCGCUGACUUCAGAACUACAGUAUAUGUGUGUAUUUUUGUUUACGUUUAUUAGUAUUUUAUAAGUCUGCUUUAGAUGUCCAGUAUUGAACAUAUAUAAACCACCAAGUUGUACACAACGUAACCAACAAAUGCUUUAAAAGCAGCCUAGGUGUUAUGAGCUUACAGUAUUUAAUGGAAGAAUAAAUCUUUUUUUAAACAUUGA